CUAACAUAGGCACCCGUAUACAAUGUACCAGGCAGCUAUUCGAUCUAUUCACUAUAAUAUCUUCCGACUAAGUAGUACAUAUUAUAAUCAUGGUUCUGUUUAGCAAACUUUUUUUUUGUGCAUCAAUACCAUGCUACAUUUUAGGUAAUCCUGACGUUAGUUUGAACCCAGCACUUGAUUCGCUACCUGCCUUUAAUGAAAAACGUGAAUUAGCUGAUGUAAACGAGUCAAUUGAAGGUGAUUUAUUAAAGUACUGUUCCACCGAAGAUAAACAGAAGAAAUAUUUAAAAGAAAAGCUUAUUAAAGCAGUAAUGAAAAAUCGUCGUUAUCAGUAUGAAGAUAGUCACAAAAUAAAAAAUCUGGUGAAAGAAAAAAAUGAGGCACAAGGAAUGGUCUGCGCUUGUUUAACCAGGCAGGCUUUGGAAAACGUGGAAAGAUUCGCAUUCCCACCUGUCCUGUACAACAACGAUAACUUAAGUCGCUAUGCUAAAUGGAUGUUAGCACUACACGUAUAUGAAACUCCGAUACUUGACGGAAUCCGUGAACUACUUCGCACAGCGAAACUAACGUAUACAGCCUUUGCCUCCGCUGCGGAUAACGUACAUUCCUUGAUCUCUAGCGAUUUCGCCCAUCCGCACUUAGAAUCGUAUAAUUUACCACAACAUCAAAACGAAAUUCAGGCCUUCUGCUCAUUCCUAAGUAAGAUAAAUCCACGUAAAACUUUACCUGCAGAUCUUUUGAGUGAUGAACCAGGGGAAAAAGUGGCAGUCACAUUACACAAACAAGCCGCAGAGUUGGUCUGUUGGGCAGCGUUCAAGUAUCCCACACCGAUUACUACCCCCGAAUUUGAAUACGAAAUUUGUCAUGCUUCAAUUGAUUGGUUUUCUGCAACGAUCAUCAUUCGAGAUGUAAGCGAAGUCGAUGAACCGUUAAUAAAGAAAUAUUUAAAUACGAUACUCGACGAGGACCUAUUUAAAGGUAAUGUGGACAACCUGAAAUCUGAAAGGAUACCUCUUCAAAUAUGGGAUAAAAAAGAUCCAAGUGUAGCGAAAAAAUCAGGUGUCUUUGACUUGAUUUUUCACCUUGCUUGUAAACCGUUUAGCGAACUUUAUUUACCAGCAAAGAGCGCGAAAGGCGACCAAAAGAAGUUGAGCACCGGAGAUUAUUAUGCAAGUGAGAUAAGAAAGCGAUUAUCAAGUGGACUCGGAAAGACGACCCUGCUGCUAUCAUCGCUCACAACAUAUGUACGUGAUGUUCCGGAGAAGUAUCGUCCUACAACCACAACCACCACAAUAACACAGUAGUACUAAGUUCAAAGUUGAUAAUUAUCGAGUUUGUACAUCGUCUACAUUGAAGGAAUAAAAUCUACAAACGUAAA